AAUGUAAAUUCUCGGGCCCGGAUUUACCGUGACGCAAAAGCAUAAUGGCGCAGUGACAGUGACAGCAAGAAGGAAAAAAGAGGGCUCAUGAAUUUCUGCACACUGUAAUGAUGAGUGAAACUUGUGCCACCUACCAUCCUGUGACCAGACCCCCAACAAAUCCAGGCCUUCGGUCUAGAAAAACCUCAAGAGAUCACAUGCAAAACAAUCCAGAUGCACUAUGCCAUGUCAAGCGAAACUCUAAGCAUUCAAAAGUAUACAACAAGCAAGAGAGAAAACUAGUUAUACAUAAUACAAUGAACCCAAAUAAUAUGACAGUUGAACGUUCAUUAAGUAUGAACAACCUAAAAAACACAUCUUUAAGUGAUAGUCAUCGGUCAUUAAGUGCAAGCAAUUUGUAUGCACUCACAGAUCCUAACUUGUCUCUAAAGCAAGCUGUUUCUAAAAAGCCAUAUGACAAACCAAACACAUCAUUCGCCAAGGAAAAAGCAAUGUUUACUGCCUGGACACAAAAGUACUUUCACCAGGUAACAGUUGGUUGUGGUAAUAAGAACUGUUUGAACAGAUUUUGUAAAUCUUCUGUCCAUGCAAAGAAAUUUAACCAAAGCAUGGCUGCCUUACUAAGCAUAGAGUUAUCAUGCUACAAAGAUCAAUAUUUGUGUAUUAGAGAUGAGAAAAAACAGCAGGCUACUGUUUUAGGUGAUAACAUUUUUAAAACCGAUUCACUUUUAGACAGUUCCACUACUACUGACAAUGGAAAUAUAGCUAUGCCAUUUCUGUAUAAAUUUUACUCAACAUCACCUUUUCGAAGUUUGUUUCUUCCAUGCCCAUUGACAUCAUCUGGGCUGGGAUUGUAUAAAACGCACAGUCAUAACGAGCUUCCCACAAGUAACAAUUAUUCUGUAAGCUCUGUCACAAAGAGAUUGCAGAAUCAUCUAAAGGUUAUUACUUCGACCAUAUCGUCCAGUUUAAACAACUUAUGGAAAGCUUCAAGCGCCAACGAAGAGCAAAAACCUUCUAUGUCUGCAGAGAGUGGGAAUACUGAAUUAGAAGAUUCUGAUGAACAAGAAAACCAUAAAACAUUCGUUACACGUAAACGUCUUCCAAGUAUUCGGAUAUUUGGAGAAGACCAUGCUGUUGACACAGAUUGCAAUACGUUUGAAAAUAUUGACGAAUUUGAAACAGGUGUUGCAGAGGAGUUUCGCCAAGAUGCUACUGAUGAAGCUGACUAUGAUAAAAAUGUUGGUGCUGAAGUGGUUGAUGACGGGGAAGAAAACAUAGAUGGUUACUCAUUGACACAUUUAACAUUGGAUAUGUUUGACUCUGUUGUGACAAAUUAUUACGAAUGCAAGGAUGAAUCGUUUUUAAUUAACACACUCCGUACAGUGUUUUCUUCAUGGGAUGCAUUAUCACUGAGUUUUUCAGAAGAGGGACUAAAGAAAAAGAAUGAUUUCCCAUUCAACAUAAACUCUUCUGAUGUGGAAAAAAUGUUUCAAACGUUAGUAAUUAUGGAAAACUCUGAUAAAUUUGUUGCCACUUUGAUUGACACUGUACAAGUGUUAUUGUUAUCAAAAAAAUACAGUAUUACUAAGCCGAGCGAGUUGAAGCCGUUAAUUAUUAUACUAAAGAUACCAUUUUUAUUUGAACACUAUCCGAUGGUUCAGCAGCUAACGGCUGUAAUAAGUCACUUGUCAACUGUAUGCAGGGAUGUGUUAAUUUGUUAUCUCUCAGAUCUCAAGAAGGAGAAGUUUACUCACUUGUUACAGGGUUUUAAAUCAUUGAUUUCAAAUGAAACAUCCUGGGUUGUACCCUCAUUGAAGAAUAAUACUAGCUUGGUGAAUUUGUGCAAAACAUUGAGUGUGAUUUAUAAGGCUAACAUACUGAAAGGGGAUUACAACACUAUCGUAGAUCCUAGUCAUUUUUAUUGCCAUGGACUCACAAAGAAAAUUGAUUUCAAGCAAGAAUAUGCUUUUUGGAAAAAACAGAGACAAGGAAUUGGAGAGUCAAUACUGGAUUAUCCUUUUUUACUUGAACCCACUGUGAAGGUGCAAGUGAUGCAUGUUGAUGCUAUCACACAAAUGCGUGAAGAAUACCAGGACGCCAUUGUACACCAGGCUCGCGUGCAGCAAGUUCAGAAAUCAUGGAGUGAUUUUGACGAUGCGUCACCACUCUCCAAUGAAGUGAGGUCGGCUAUGUGUCCAUACCUGUUGUUAGAAAUCCGGCGAGAAAACUUUAUUCAAGACACAAUUAAACAGCUGCACGAAAAGAGUUCUGAUUUUAAGAAACCAUUAAAAAUCAAGUACACCUCCGGUGGAGAGCAAGGACUGGAUAUGGGAGGCUUGCAAAAGGAAUUUUUCCAAGUUGUUGUUGAGAGCAUGUUUGACCCAGAUUUCAGCAUGUUUACGUUAUCAGAGGAUGGCCAUCAAGUUUGGUUUAAUGCCUUCUCGUUUGAAUCCAACGUCAUGUUCGAAUUCAUUGGAAUCCUCUUGGGCUUGGCCAUCUACAAUGGUAUAAUACUAGACAUUCAUUUCCCGUUACUCGUGUACAAGAAAUUACUUGGGUUCCCUGUGGUUUUGGAUGACUUAAAGGAGAUGCAGCCCACGCUUUGCAGUGGUUUGGAGCAAUUGCUUCAAUAUGACGGAGACGUGGAAAAUGAUUUUCUUUUAACGUUCGAGGUGUCUCACAACAUUUUUGGACGCACUAUCAAAACGGAUCUGGUUGCUAACGGCAGUGACGUGAUGGUGACGAACGACAAUCGAAAGCAUUUCGUCGAUUUGUAUGUGGAUACAAUUCUUAACAGAAGUAUCGAGAAACAGUUUAAAGCUUUUAGGAGGGGUUUUUACCAGGUGUGUCACGGCCCUACCAUUCAGCUGUUCACACCGCCUGAGUUGGAGUUACUCAUAUGUGGCAGCCCGGAUUUGGAUUUUAAAGCUUUGGAAAGUGUGACUGAGUAUAAAGAUGGCUUCACGAAGACCCAUGCGCUGAUGCUUGAGUUCUGGCAGAUCGUGCACGAGUUCACGUUCAAGCAGAAACAAGCAUUGUUGAUGUUCGUUACUGGAAGUUAUCGCGUGCCUCUCAAAGGUCUCGGUUCCAUGUCGUUUUACAUCCAACGUAACGGACCCGAUUCGAAUAACUUGCCCACGUCCAUGACUUGCUUCAAUCGACUGUUACUUCCAGAGUACAACACUGGAGCCAAGCUGAAGAGAAUGCUUCUGCUGGCUAUUGAGAACUCGAAGGGAUUUGGUUUGACUUAAGCUGCUUCAGUGACAAUUGUGGCAUUGUGAGGGGAUUACGGCGAUGAAUUGUUUAAAGUGAAAAGCAAAAUAGAUGUUGGUAGUAUCAGGUGGAAAUUAAAAGUGAAUUUAAACUGUAUUCACUAUGCUUUAUGUUGCUAGGCAACGGAUUAUGCAAUGGCAAUCUUCGGCGGUUGUUCGUAUGUUUUUUUGACAAAUAUUUUUGUCCGUAAACAGACUUGUUGUGUAUGUUCAUAGGCUAUUCUAAGGAAUAGCCUAUGAGCAUACACAACAAGUUUAUUACUGCGUUUAUUGUAAGGAGCGAAUUUUAUUUCAAAAUUAUAAUUAUGCAUAAAAAGCCAUUUUGUGAGCAAUAAACCAAAAAAAUCUUAUUUUAGUAAAAUUUAAAAAAAAAAUUUUUUCGGUAUUUAUUGUGCAGUAGAGACUCAAAUAAACAUUAGAGGCGUUUGUUUUAAAGGGGUUUAUUUUAAAGGGGCAUAAACUCCUUCACUGUUUCAAUUGGCACGCUCCAUUGCAGACGUUAUACAUCGUGUUUUGUACCCUUUUGUAACAGUGUUUUUUAUAAAUGUACAUAUAAAGUUAUAUGACAAAUAUUUUUUUUAAAUUGUAUUUUAGUUUAGCUUAAGUUCCCCUGGGUUAUCAACUUGCGCUCACUGUUUAAGCAACCUAUUUUUCCGCCCUUCUUUGUUGGUCAUUUCUACGCCAUUGUUGUGGCGUUAGCGGUAUUUUUUUUGGAUAGGACAGUGUUCUUAACUUUACUUGGAGCUGUUGUAGUCUCAGUGAUUUUUCGACUAAAUUAAUAUAACAUGAGUUAUUUUUAUGGACUUUCAAAAUAUUUUUUUGCUGUAUUUUAGAUUGGUUGACAGCAGUGUAUGUCUUUUCUUGUGAAAACAAAAAUGGCUGACAA